UUCACUCCUUUGUUGCUUACUUGCAAGUGGCAUCACCGCCCUUACCAGAUGCAUCCCCUUUCUUCCCCAGCUGUGUGCUCGCCGCCCACUGGCUCCCUUCCCGCGUUUUGCACUCUGUUCCCGCCACCACCUAUAAAUAUGCGCCCACAAAUCCACCAUUUCCAUCGCAAAACCAGUCAAGGCUCGCGAACCCGAUACACAGCUCAACCAGAACCCAAGGCACCCAAAACAUCCGAGGCUCGAGGAGCCGAGAGCUGAUCCGGAACAAGAUGUGCCCGAUCAAGAAGGAGAUGAGCGGCGAGUCGAGCUCCCCCUGCAGCUCGACCUCGUCGGAGCACCAGACCGUGUGGGCCUCGCCGCCGAAGCGGCCCGCGGGGCGGACCAAGUUCCGGGAGACGCGGCACCCCGUGUUCCGCGGCGUCCGGCGCCGGGGCAAUGCCGGGCGGUGGGUGUGCGAGGUGCGCGUCCCCGGGAGGCGCGGCUGCAGGCUCUGGCUCGGCACCUUCGACACCGCCGAGGCCGCCGCGCGCGCGCACGACGCCGCCAUGCUCGCCAUCGCCGGCGCCGGCGCGUGCCUCAACUUCGCCGACUCCGCCUGGCUGCUCGCCGUGCCGGACUCGUACGCCAGCCUCGCCGACGUCCGCCACGCGGUCGCCGAGGCCGUGGAGGACUUCCAGCGCCGCGAGGCGCUCGCGGACGACGCGCGCUCGGCCACGUCCUCCCCUGGCACGGAAUACGAGGGCACCACCACCGACGGCGAGGAGUCUUCUCCGGCCACCGAGGACUCCUCGUUCCAAUUGGACGUGUUCAACGACAUGAGCUGGGACUUGUACUACGCGAGCUUGGCGCAGGGGAUGCUCAUGGCGCUGCCGUCCGCCGUCACGGCGUUCAGCGACGACGGCGACGCCAACGUCGCUGAUGUGCCACUGUGGAGCUACUAGAACUGAGGCUCCUGAAUUUUGGUCCCUCUUUUUAGGGUAUAUUUGGAUCAGCCAGAGAUUAUAAGAAUCUAGAUUUUGGCUAGAGAUUAUAAAAAACUAGAUAGUAAAAAGUUGGUUAAUAAUAAUUUGGGAGCUGUUUGGAUCACUGAAUUAUAGGUGGUUGGAUUUUAGUUGUUCACAA